UCUCUCUUUCUCUCUGAAUCUGACCCACGCAGAGAAAUCGACAUAAGCGUCUCUUUUCUUCUGCUUCUUCUUGGUCUUCUUCAGUCUCCAUGGAGCCUCCGCCUCCGCACGUACUGAUAUUCCCGUACCCGGCGCAGGGCCACAUGCUUGCGCACCUCGACCUCGCCCACCAGCUCUCCCUCCGCGGCCUCACCCUCACCGUGUUGGUCACUCCCAAGAACCUCCCCCUCCUCGCCCCUCUCCUCUCCGCCCACCCCUCCGUCCAGCCCCUCGUCCUCCCCUUCCCUCCCCACCCCAAGCUCCCCCCGGGGGUCGAGAACGUCCGCGACAUCGGCAACGCCGGCAACGUCCACAUCAUCUCCGCCCUCUCCGCGCUCCGCCUCCCCCUCUCCCGGUGGUUCGCCUCCCACCCCAACCCCCCCGUUGCCAUCUUCUCCGACUUCUUCCUCGGCUGGACCCAGGACUUGGCCGCCGAGCUCGGCAUCCCCCGGAUCGCCUUCUUCUCCGUCGCCGCGUUCUUCACGCUGGUCAUCGACUCCUGCUGGCGGAACAUGGAGAGCGUGAGGAGGGCUAGCACCGAGGCCGUGGAGCUCUCCGAUGUGCCCGGAGCGCCGUCGUUCCGGGAGGAGCACCUGCCGUCCAUAUUCCGCCUCUACAAGGAGUCCGACCCGGACUGGGAGAUUGUUAAGAGGAGCAUGUUGGGGAAUAUGGACUCUUGGGGUUGCGUGUUCAAUACGCUCGAUCACUCGGAAGGCCAGUAUUUGGAGCACCUGCGGCGGAAAAUGGGCCACCGGCGGGUUUACAGCGUUGGCCCGCUGAAUCUGAUCGGGCUCAAUGACGCCUUGGGCAGGGGAGACCUCGGCGGCGCCGGCACGGGACCAGGCAGCGACGUCCUGGGCUGGCUCGACGGGUGCCCCGACGGGUCGGUCCUCUACGUGUGCUUCGGCAGCCAGAAGCUGAUGACCAAAGAGCAGAUGGAGGCCUUGGCGUCCGGGCUCGAGAGGAGCGGGGCCCGGUUCGUGUGGGUAGUCAAGACCCCCACGGCCGAGCAGGCGGAGGAAGGGUAUGGCGCCGUCCCGGACGGCUUCGAGGCCCUGUUGGCGGGCCGGGGAAAGGUCGUGACGGGGUGGGCCCCACAGGUGCCUAUACUGCGCCACCGGGCGGUGGGCGGGUUCCUGAGCCACUGCGGGUGGAACUCGGUCCAGGAGGCGGCGGUGGCGGGGAAGAUGGUGCUGGCAUGGCCGAUGGAGGCGGACCAGUUCGUGAACGCGCGGCUGCUGGUGGAGGACAUGGGCGUGGCGGUGAGGGCGUGCGAAGGGGCGCGCACGGUGCCGGACCCAGAGGAGCUGGGCCGGGCGAUCGAGGGGUCGAUGAGGGAGGGCUUGCCGGAGCGGGCGAGGGUGCGGGAGCUGCGGAGGAAGGCGGUGGAGGCGGUGGAGCCCGGUGGUGGGAGCUCCUGGAGAGGCUUGGACGAAUUCGUGAAGGAGUUGGGCCGACUGCAAAAUCAACGAACCGUUUAGUAUUGAGUUGUAUGAUCAAAUUAAACUUAGUU